AUGUUUUAUGCAAAUACAUUGAAACUUUUUAGCGCUGAGAUGGAAUGCAACAAUGCUGAUGUAGGAAAACUGGGCGCUGUGCAGCGGUUCGCGGAGCUACCCAAGUACACGGAGGUGAACCCGGGCGAGGACGCGCUGCUCACGUGCCGGAUAUCCGACAAGAAGGGUAUCUGUUCCUGGCAGAAAGAUAACAAGCCAGUUGGCAUCUACCGUGGCAAGUAUGAGUGGGCCAAUGAGCACAAUACAAUGAGUGGUGACUGCUCAUUGUGGGUGCGCGCAGCCUCGCUGCAACUCGACGACGGACAGUGGCAGUGCCAGGUCACCGCUAGCAACUAUAAUGUUCAGGAUGCCCUUUCCAGUGCUCCUGCGGCACUCGCUGUAAGAGUUCCACCACAAACGCCUAGAAUACUCUUCAACGGUUCUCAUGUACUGCCAGGUCAGAACAUCACAGUGGCGGCUGGAUCCAGGGCGACCGUCGUAUGUGAAGCUAGAUAUGGCAACCCGCCCGCUUACAUCGAAUGGUACUUAGACAAAGAAAGUUUAACAGCAUGGAGCCACACAAAUACAUCGGAAGCAGAACGUCCGCGAAUGUGGGCAGCGCGCUCUGUGCUGGAAAUGAAUGUACCCAGAUCCGCGCAUGGCAAGCACUUAACGUGUCGGGCGCACCAUCCUUCCUUUCCGCCACCUUACUAUCGAGAUUCCUUUACUAAAUUAGAUGUUACCUUCGUACCGGUAGUCUCCAUAAUCGGAGCGGAUGCAACCGAGCUCUCUAGUCUAGAGGAGAAUACAAGUCUAUUGUCCUUAGAUUGCCAAGCAGAUGGUAACCCUAAACCUUAUGUAUGGUGGACGAGGAAUGGUCAAGUAUUUGCUACUGGUCCCAAGCUUAAACUUACCCCUGUUAUGAGGAAUCAUUCUGGUACUUAUGGAUGUCAAGCGAGAAAUUCAUUGGGGACAUCCGAUUCAGUCAAAAUUGAUAUUGACGUUAAAUUUCCACCUCGCGUUAAAUGGGUGGGUCCUGACAUAGUUGUGGAUACAAAUCUCUUCUCAGAAGUAACUCUAGAGUGCAAUGCUGAAGCAAAUCCGUCUCCAGUUUAUCAGUGGUAUCACAGCCCAGGAACAAGAACUAUUCAUAAUUUAUUCGAAGACGCGUACUUAAUAUCAUCCACCGCUCAGUUACAAUUGCAUAAUGUGUCGUACCAUCAGAAUGGACAGUAUAUUUGUAUCGCUAAAAACCUUAUUGGACAUAAAGAAAGAUCACAUCGAUCAGAAGCCGUCACUCUCAACGUGUUGGGUCCACCAGUCGGUAUCGACACGGGAGUUGUCCAUGCUUGGAGUGGUGGUGAAGCCAAGGUUCAGGCAACGGUGUGCGCUGACCCUCCGCCCGAUGAAGCUGUAUGGCUCUGGAGUCAUUUCAGAUUGGAAGUGCCUUCUCAGAUUGGAAAGUACGGAGCAUUAGAUAUGGAGAAAAUUGACGGCUGCUAUCGCUAUAUUUUGUCUAUAAGCUACGUUGAAGCUGCCGACGCGAGAGACUAUGUGUUACAUGUGGAGAACGAGAGGGGUUUUUCUUCCCUUACAGUCUCACUUAUUGUGCAUGAAAAUUUUUCGGUAACAGAGACCAUGCGCGUGGCUCCAAUGAUCGCUGCUGCAUUGGUCAUCUCAGCGCUGCUCGUUCUGGUGUUAUGUUUUCUAGUGCGCUGUCGACGAAAAAGAGAUAGCGUCGAAUACAAGACUGAUGAAUUAGACAGUGAUAUCAAAGUCCUCCCAGCGGACGCCUUGUACGGAUCACAGGCGACCUGCCCCAUGAGUGAAGGCAACAGGCAAACUGCGGCUGGGACUGUAUCCGUUACAAGUGUAGACAUUACUUGCUCGCGCUACUCUCCCGCAGCGCUGGAAGUUCGCCGUGCAGCUGUUGUACUGCAGCCGCCCACCACCGUUUGA